UCUGUCUUUAACAGACAAAAACGACGACUCUUUCACGUCAAAGAACCGGCUCUAACAGUCGUCCCAAACCGCCACAAAUACAUUCCAGUCCUGUGGGAAGAACUGACGUCGUUAUGGAGUUUACAUGCCCUCCCUGUUCAUUCUCGAGACAAAGGCGCGUGCAGGCGCCUCUGCUCCGCUGCCUCACUCAAAAUACGGCGUCCUGUGAGCCUGUUGGGAAGCCAAAAGCCAGAAAAGAAAGGAGAGAAUGGAGCGCUCGACUCGGCUACGGCAGGAGGAAUAAUCACUAAAACACUGCCAACAGCCCACCGCAGAGACACUGGAAGACGGACAAACUCACAGAAGAAAGUCAACUUAGUGCGAGGGAAAGUGUUCCACACUUCUCGUCUGGACGGUGGUUUAAACAUGGAUACACUUUUCUCUCUUUUGCCGGGACUCUUGUUCCUGAUCUCGGCUGUUGGUGAUGUCUCCGCGCAGAUGCCACCAGCUCACAUGGGACGCGCUGAGAAGGGAAGCUGUAUGUUUGAUGAAGGCUUCUCUCAGUGUGAUUACCAACAAGAUCCCUAUGAUGACUUUGACUGGACACACAUCAAUACCCAGGAAGUGCCAUACGUGUCCCCCUACUUGCCCAAAGGUUCCUACAUGUAUGUGGAUGUCUCUCAGUAUGAAGUUGGGGAGAAGGCCAGGUUUCAACUGCCGGUGAUGAAGGAGAAUGACACCCACUGUAUUGACUUCAACUAUCAACUCAUCAGCCCUGAUGGCUCCAGUCCUGGGACCCUCAAUGUCCUGGUCAAGGUUAACAAGGGUCCCUUGGCCAACCCUAUUUGGAAUGUAACUUCCUACACUGGUAAAGACUGGCUGAAGGCCGAACUCGCCGUCUCCACCUUCUGGCCCAAUGAAUACCAGGUUAUAUUUGAAGCAGAGAUUUCGGACAGGAAAGCCGGCUUCAUCGUUAUAGAUGACAUUCAGGUGCUCAGUUACCCAUGCGAUAAAUCCCCUCAUUUCCUGCGUCUUGGAGAUGUAGAGGUGAACGCCGGUCAGAACGCCACUUUUCAAUGCAUCGCCACCGGACGAGAUACAUUGAACAAUAAACUCUGGCUUCAGAGGAGAAACGGAGAAGAUAUUCCCGUGUCUCAGAGGAAAAACAUCAACCACAGACGAUUCUCCGCCUCAUUCCAUCUCAACGAAGUCACCAAUCAGGAUCAAGAUCUGUAUCGCUGUGUCACACAGUCAGAGCGCGGCUCCGGGGUGUCCAACUUUGCCGGUCUUAUCGUCAGAGAGCCUCCACACCCUAUAGCCCCACCCCAGCUGCUCGGUGUUGGCCCUACCUACCUGCUGAUUCAGCUCAAUGCCAACUCCAUCUUUGGAGAUGGUCCUAUUAUACUUAAAGAGGUGGAGUACCGCAUGACAUCGGGCACUUGGACGGAGACUCAUGCCGUCAACUCACCCAACUAUAAGUUGUGGCAUCUCGACCCAGAUACAGAGUACGAGAUCAGGGUCUUACUCACGCGACCGGGAGAGGGCGGGACAGGCAAACCCGGGCCGACGCUCAUUACGCGGACCAAAUGUGCAGAACCCAUGCGUACUCCCAAGAGGCUGAAGAUCGCUGAGACCAGGUCCCGCCUGAUAGCAGUGGACUGGGAAUCGUUAGGUUACAACAUCACCCGCUGUCACACCUUUAACGUCACCAUUUGCUAUCAUUACAUGACGGCAAACAACCGCAGUAAGGCUGACUGCCUCGACAUGGACCCAAAAGCACCACGCCACAUCGUGGGAAAUCUGCCACCUUACACCAAUGUCAGUCUGAAGAUGAUUUUGACCAACCCAGAGGGAAGAAAAGAGAGUGAUGAAACAAUCAUCCAGACUGAUGAAGAUGUUCCAGGUCCAGUCCCCACUCAGUCAGUACGAGCCACACCAUUUGAGGACAGAAUUCUCCUUUACUGGAAAGAACCAUCGGAGCCCAAUGGCGUGAUCAUACAAUAUGAGAUCAGCUACAGCGGUUUGCGUUCCUUCGACCCAUCGGUGCCUCUGCAGCGGCCUGGGCUCACGGUGUCUUUACCCUCUAACGCCACCCAUCACCUCUUCUCCCAGCUCCACCCAGGGGUCACUUACCAGCUCUCCAUACGAGCAUCCACCUCGAAAGGAUUUGGUCCUGCUACCACACUCAAUGUGACGACUAAUAUUUCAGCCCCAACAAUAGAUGAGUACGAUGGCUCAGAGGCCUUCCUGAACGAAACUGCAACGACCAUCACCGUUCUGUUGAAACCAGCCCAGGCUAAGGGAGCGCCUAUAAGUGCUUACCAAAUUGUGGUGGAGGAAGUGAAUCCCCAGCGAACACGUCGCCAAGCUUCCUCUGACUGUUAUGAGGUUCCAGUUUCCUACCACAGUGCAUCUACUGGUGGAUCUCCAUAUUAUUAUGCUGCUCAGCUGUCACCCAGCAACCUCCCAGAGCCCCUCCCGUUCACCGUUGGAGACAACAGGACAUAUCAGGGUUUCUGGAACGCUCCUUUGGCUCCAAGGAAGAACUACAACAUCUACCUUCAAGCUGUUAGCAGCACUGAGCGGGAAACUAAAACACAGUGUCUGAGGCUGGCUACUAAAGGUGCCACUGAGGAGCCCGAAGUCAUCCCUGACCCCGCUAAACAGACGGACCGCGUGGUGAAGAUUGCCGGUAUCAGCGCCGGAGUCCUGGUCUUCAUACUGCUGGUGCUGGUAGCCAUCUUAUUGGUCAAGAAAAGGAGGACCUACUAUUCAUACUCUUAUUACCUGAAGCUCGCAAAGAAGCGUAAGGACGCCAUCGGAACAACCCGACAGGAAAUGACGCACAUGGUGAACGCCAUGGAUCGCAGCUAUGCGGACCAGAGCACUCUGCAUGCCGAGGACCCCAUGACGGUGACCUUCAUGGACUCUCACAACCACAACAACAGAUUGCCCAACGAUCCUCUGGUCCCCACUGCUGUGUUAGUUCCAAUCACAGAUGAGAACCACAGUGCCUCGGCGGCGGAGAACAGCAGGCUUCUGGACGUUCCUCGCUAUCACUGUGAAGGGACCGAAUCACCAUAUCAGACGGGACAGCUCCACCCCGCCAUCAGAGUGGCUGACCUUCUGCAACACAUCAACUUGAUGAAAACAUCCGAUAGCUACGGCUUUAAGGAGGAGUAUGAAAGUUUUUUCGAAGGCCAGUCAGCCACCUGGGAUGUGGCAAAGAAGGAGCAAAACCGCACCAAGAACCGUUAUGGCAACAUUAUAGCAUAUGAUCAUUCAAGGGUCAUUCUCCAGCCCAUAGAAGACGACCCCUCCUCCGACUACAUCAACGCCAACUACAUCGAUGUAAGUGGAAACGCAUCGAAUGCUACUAUUGGCUCCCAAAGAAACCAACGAAACCACACUCCCUCGCUCAUUUGGCUGUACAGGGAUGGCUAUCAGAGACCAAGCCACUACAUUGCUACUCAAGGUCCUGUGCAUGAGACCGUGUAUGACUUCUGGAGGAUGGUGUGGCAGGAACAGUCGGCCUGUAUUGUCAUGGUAACCAAUCUGGUGGAGGUUGGAAGGGUCAAGUGCUACAAGUACUGGCCAGAUGAUGCUGAGGUGUACGGUGACUUCAAGGUGACUUUUGUCGAGGUGGAACCGCUUGCUGAAUACGUGGUGCGCACAUUUACAUUGGAGAGGCGCGGUUUCAACGAGGUGCGAGAAGUCAAGCAGUUUCACUUCACAGGCUGGCCUGAUCACGGAGUUCCGUAUCACGCCACUGGACUGCUUUCCUUCAUCCGCAGAGUUAAAAUCUCCAAUCCGCCCUCUGCUGGGCCUAUUGUGGUCCACUGCAGGUACAAAUCAAUUCUACACGCCUUCACAUGCACACCAGCGUACAUUCUCACAAAGACUUAUCUCAUUGUUUAUUUUCUCUGCAGUGCUGGAGCAGGACGCACAGGCUGCUUCAUCGUCAUCGACAUCAUGCUGGACAUGGCCGAGAGAGAGGGCGUGGUCGACAUCUACAACUGUGUCAAGGCACUUCGGUCCAGGAGGAUCAACAUGGUACAGACUGAGGAGCAGUACAUAUUCAUCCAUGAUGCCAUAUUAGAGGCUUGUCUCUGCGGAGAAACGGCCAUUCCGGUCUGCGAAUUUAAAGCGGCCUUUUAUGAGCUGAUCCGCAUCGACUCCCAGACCAACUCGUCACAUCUGAAGGAUGAAUUCCAGACAUUAAACUCCGUGACUCCUCAGCCUCAGCCUGAAGACUGCAGCAUUGCGUUGUUGCCUAGAAACCAGGACAAGAACCGCUUUAUGGACGGCCUUCCUCCAGACAGAUGCCUCCCCUUCCUCAUUACGAUAGAUGGGGAAAGCAGCAACUACAUCAACGCCGCUCUCAUGGACCUGUCAGAGGAGUUCCAGAGCUACAGACAACCCGCUGCCUUCAUCGUCACUCAGCAUCCUUUGCCCAACACCGUCAAAGACUUUUGGCGCCUGGUGUACGACUAUGGAUGCACCAGUCUGGUGAUGCUCAAUGAAAUCGACCUAGCGCAGGGUUGUCCCCAGUAUUGGCCAGAAGAGGGCAUGCUGCGCUAUGGGCCCGUCCAGGUGGAAUGUAUGUCCUGCUCAAUGGACUGUGAUGUGAUCAGCCGGCUCUUCAGAGUCUGCAACCUUACCAGGCCUCAGGAAGGCUACUUGAUGGUUCGUCAGUUCCAGUACUUGGGCUGGGCGGGACACAGGGAGGUCCCGGCCUCCAAGCGAAGUUUCCUCAAGCUCAUCCUGCAGGUGGACCAGUGGCAACGUGAGGGGGAGGAGGGAGAGGGAAGAACCAUCGUCCACUGCCUAAACGGAGGAGGCCGUAGUGGAGUAUUCUGUGCCAGCAGCAUCGUGUGUGAGAUGGCCAAGAGGCAGAGCGUGGUUGACGUCUUUCACGCCGUCAAAACGUUGAGGAACAGCAAGCCCAAUAUGGUGGACACUCCGGAGCAGUACAGGUUCUGCUACGACCUGGCCCUGGAGUUCAUAGAGUCCUCAUAAACGACAGAGGAGGAGGGGGGAAAAAGGCCUCGCCUCCUCUUGCGUAGCAUGCUGUCAUUCCUCACAAACCACGCCACAGCGUCACCUAGUGGUGGUGCACUGAGGAGCGGACUUUGGAUGGACUUCGCCAUUCUUAUUGUACAGCUUCAUGAGUGCCAGUUUGGACCCUAAAUGUGCUGGGGCCAUGCAUUAAUGUUCAGUCCCUCACCAGAGUUGCAGUACUCCUACCUGCCCUCAAGGGGCCUCCCCAGCACUGCAAAUUAGUACAAGAACUUUUAGAUUAGUUCUGCAGUAUCAUUUUAAGUUUUUUAUUUUUAUUUUUUUUAUAUGAGCCAAAAUACAUAAAUAGAAGAAAAAAAUGUUAAUGAAUUGGGUGUGCUUGUCAUGUCGACACUGACAAUAAACGUUUUCAUGUUGAGUAUUAUUAGGUUUUUACAUUUGUCAUGUCAUGAAGAAGUUAAUAGUCUUACAAAAUGUGAUUUUUUUUUUUUAAUGUGUAAACGUGUAAGUUGAUUUUCUCUCAAUGUCUUUGUUGUGCAGAUGGACUGAAGUCUUCUCUGCACCCUGAGCAGUUAACGGUGAACACUUUAUUCAGUUUGAAUUGAGGGCUGGGCCCGGGACUCUUUCAAUUUGAACACCUUAUUAGAAAUCCCAGCUGACGAGCUCCUUAAAGGUGUAAGGACUAAAUGCUGCAUCCUGACUUGCCAACCAACCUAUUUGUCUUUUCUAUGAUUUUGUUGUGUCGUAGCUGCGUGCGUUUUCCUCCAUAAGCCAAAGACUUUGGUGUAAAUAUGUCUAUAAGGUUAAAGCACAUUGUUUGUAUUUAUUGUUUACUUGCAUUGCUUGUAAGAACAAUCAUUCUUCACUCCACGUUUACGCCACCGACACCCGAGUGGGGUGAAAGUGUGACGUCACGGGCCCGUCAGCAGAGGAGAGUGUAAGAACCGAGCUGUAUAUCGGAGCAUUACGGUACUUUUUUGUUUUGUUUUUGUUUCAGUAUUUACUCUGUAGUAUUGUCUUGUUUUCACUUAAUGAGUCUGUGAUGUUCCUGUGCUUUUCAUUUUGUGCAAACAUCACUUCCUCCGUGGUCAGUGCUGUAUUUUUGCAUCAUCAGAAAAAGACGGGAUAAGCGUCGUAUUUAUCCCAGGCUUAACGAGUGAAACAAAACGAUUAUUGUGCCUGAUCAUUUUGUCGCGCGUUAUGACGGCAGACGUUGAAUGCAUCCUCAUGGACGAUCAAUGUUUCACGUUGACUUGUGCUUACUGUUUUUGCACAACCUUCAUUCAGAGAAAAAAAAACAUGUUUGUAAAUAGAAUGAGGGGAUGUUUGCUGUAAAUAGACAGUGAAGAGUACAUUUAAAAGGCUCUACUGUACAGUAGAGACGUAACUUGACGGCUGAAAUGUUAGAUCAGUUCUGUUUGUACAUAGAAAAACAAACGUCGGGCUUUGAAAUUGUUUGUUGCCGCCUGUACACAGAACGUUUUAAUGUUUAUUCUAUAGGUGGAAUCGAAAUUGUCUUAUUUUCUGCAUUUUUUUUGUUUGUUUGUUUUUUUUUUUUUAAAGAAAAGAUGUGGAGCAACAGCGAGUUAAGGAAUCCAGCAUUCCAGUAAAAGUGAAGUAACGACCAUGAUAGAAACGUUUGCUACGAAGCCGGUCUGAAUAUAAAAUUAUAAGAUAUUCAUAGUUCUUCUUGUCUGUAAUGUUUGGUUUCUUUGCUGUAAUAAAAAAAAUACCACUAC